GUUGUCUUGCAGGCUUUUUCUAUAAACACUUCCUCCUUUUUAGUUUUCAAUAAGUUUUCAAUAACACACUGUCAUAACGGGCGACAGAUCUGUUCGAACUGCACUGUGAGAAAAUGUUAGGCACUGUGGUGUGUUUACCUUUAAUUUUCGUCUGUUGGAGCGACGCAUUACCGACGAGACGCGAUCCGGGUCCAGUCAACAACCGACCGAUUAUUGGAAUUUUAACUCAAGAAGUAGAAGAUGAUGUGAUGAAGCCAUUUGGAAAGACCUACAUCCCUGCUUCCUAUGUAAAGUAUAUAGAGUCAGCGGGAAGUAGAGUGGUGCCUAUCAGGUUGACUCAGAGUACUGCUGAGUAUGAGAAAAUCUUCAAGUCGAUUAAUGGCCUGCUGCUCAUCGGAGGUUCGUCAGAUCUCGAGACAUCAGACUUUGCCAAGGUGGCAGGGAUCUUCUACAGGCUUGCCCUCAAGGCCAAUGAUGCUGGAGACUCCUUCCCUAUCUGGGGCACAUGUCUGGGGAUGCAGCUGCUGACUUGUCUGGUGGCUGGAGAGAACCUGCUGACCAAAACCACAGCUGAGAACAUGGCCCUGCCCCUGAACCUCACCACAGAGGCCCAUUCCAGUCAAAUGUUCGAGGGGUUCCCCAGUGAUGUCAUGAAGGCAUUAUCCCAGGAAGCUUUGACAGGGAAUUUUCACCAUUAUGGAGUGACCGUGAAGACAUUCAAGGAAAAUGAGAAGCUACAAAGUUUCUUCUCCAUCUUGUCCACGAACACAGCUGAGAAUGGUGCCAUCUUUGUCUCAACCAUGGAAGGGAGGACCUACCCCUUCUAUGGGGUCCAGUGGCAUCCUGAGGUGAACCGUUUCCAGUGGGACCCCAAACUCAACUUCCCCCACUCCUCAGACGCUGUACGUGUUGCCUCCCUACUGGCUGAGUUCUUUGUCAAUGAAGGCAGGAGAAGUUUGCAUCACUUCGACCAGCCUGAGGAAGAGGCCAUGUACCUGAUAUACAACUACACACCAACCUAUGCUGGCAACUUCACUGGAUACGAGCAGAUCUACUUCUUCUGAGAUGUUGAAGUUCUGCCUCACAACUCUAUCAUUCCUCACUGAUGUUAUUAUGGGAUGUUAUGAGAAGUUUACCAUGGGCACUAAUUGUUAGCUGUGACAUGUGACAUGUUCAGACACUUCAUAUACAGACUUUUAGAAAUGUUGAGUGAUCAUUGCAACAACAACAACAAAUUAUUAUAUGUAGAAUUGCACCGCAUGAAAUUAUGAUUUUCCUGUAGGCUAAAUACAAAAAGCUUAUUUCUCUCAAAUUUUGUGCACAAAAUUGUUUACAUCCCUGUUAGUGAGCAUUUCUCCUUUGU